AUGGAAAGUAGAUCUUAUAUGUUUUCUCUUGCUAAAAAGAGAUCCACAUUGCUUGAAAAUAAAAUUAUUGUUUUCUAAAGAGAAGACGAUAACGCACCAAGAAUGAAAAUUUUAAGAAAAGAAUGCCCUGAUGACUAUUAAACUUAUAAAGAAUGUAUGGUAAAAUUUAAUUCUGAAGCAAAAUGUGUAACAUUUAAAGAUAAAAUGAUCGAAUGUGGUGUAGUUGCAUUUAAAAAAGCAAACUCAGAAGCCGGUUAUAUAUUUGAGUGA